AUGGCCGAUAUCCACUCGGAGUCGGAUGACGAGUGCAUCUGCAUGGGUUCCGAUGAGGCCCGCCGGUCCCGAGGACCUAAGCAAGGGGUCUUGUUCUUGGAGCCAUCCCUGAUGCCGUCUCCAGCUAUAUUUGAGCAGAAGUACAUAUGCAGCAGAACACAAGAUAAUGCAGGCGACACGGAAUUGGUUGGAUUCAACAACAGUCUCCGCCCCGUGUCCAGUUCAUCUGCUGCGGCCGGCAAUAUAGGAGGCUGCGGCUCACCUGCUGCUGCUGCCAAGCGCCGUGCCUUAGAGAACCUCGAGCGUCAGCGGGCUCAGCAGACAGAAGGCCAAAACAUUCUUAGCUCCCCCAAGAUCUGCGGGCAGCCGAAACGGCAGGACUCCCGAGCUCUGCAGAAGACCACCUGUAUCUUGAGACCUGAAGAGAAAGUCCUGGACGUGCGCCGUCUUGACUUUGGCCAGCAACUCCCAAUCAGAGCUCGAGGACGGCCAGCAGCAGCAGGCCGCGACGCGUCACGAGGCCAACUUCCGCCUGUUGGCGACGAGGCCCUCUGGGGUGGAGCGUUUAAGGAGGCGCCUGCAUGGCUGCCUUUGCCAGAUACAUCGGUGAACGCCCAGGGGCAGAAGGUAGAGUGGCUCAGGCAUGCGCUUUACGGUGUGGGGACGUUCCUGGACGUUGAGCGAGCUCACGAGUACGUUGAGUGCGUCAAGGCUUUGGGGCGACAGCGACGUUUGAAGGCAUACGGGCGGCACGAGGAUUUGCGAGAGAAGUUUCAAAGGAGGCCCGAUGGCGUUGGGGGCAAACACUUCGUGACGAAACGCGUGAAACUGCCGAAGUUCAGCAGGGAGUCGGACUUCAUCGGGCUCGUGUAUCCUUACCCCCGUGGUCAGCUAAAGCCGGAAGACAUCCUGCUGCCACGGGAGUCCUUGACAGGAGUCUUUGGUCACGUAAAAGACUUGAGGGGACUGCUGGCGCAGGAAGGGCUGAAACCAACGAGCCAGUGUACCGCCAAAGUGAUCGUUUCCCUGAAGGAGCAGAUCAUUCGAUGUAUGGAGGGAAGACAGAACUUCAUUGCUGUUGAGAAGUGUAGUCCAACGCACACUGUGCAGCUGGCGGAGGAGGAACAUCGAGAGCGGGUGGGACUCGCAGGCCAGGGGGCCCCACAGCACUUCAGAGCUGUUGCUUCUCUAGGCGAAUAUGACGCCCUGCCUGUGGCUACCAUAUUGGGGCCUCCGUAUGGGGGAGUCUUGCGCCCUGCAGGAGAGCUAGCCCUGAUGCAGAUCAUUCACGACCAAAUGAGAAAUAUUCAGGGGCCUCCGCGGCAGUGUUAUGCAUUCCGUAUCGACAAUCUGGGUUGCAUCGGCGAGUGGGAGGCGCAGGAAGACAGGGCAGAAGCAAGAAGAGGCUUGGAAACCGAUAUUGAUUCGGAAGACCCGGAGAAUUCCAUCUCCGGAGACGGACUUGAAGAGGCUUGGGAUGGGGGAACCAAGCCGCUCGCCAGCCUCGACGAAAUCCACAACUAUGUCCAGAGGACAAUGAACAAACUAGCAUCGUGUAGAACCUUCGAAGAAGCCACGCAAAUAGGUAGUUUCUUUGUACUCAACAAUUUCUGUUACUCCCUUGACACUUUGAAGCUGCAGCGCUGGACUGCAUUCAGUGGGUCCUGCUGGUGUGGAACUUUGCAGCUCCUGUCACUCGCAACGCGAGACAUGGGGGCGAGUUUGCCUGCAAACUGGGAUGAAAGGGACUUUUGCAUGAACGACCCUGACAUCCGCAUGGAUGGAGGCAGCAGUUCGGAGCCUGAUUACCCCGAAUUGGACGCGAUGGACUACCGGAGUGAAUACUCUAUGAUGAACGAUGCCCACGGCUCGUCCAACGUAGGCGACGUCAACAAUUGCCACACGCUUAUGGUGAUCAUUGCUGGCCUCCCCUUUUUCUUUCCCGUAACAAACCGGCCUGUGCGGAACGGUGAAGAACUUCUGCUGUCUUAUGGCCCUCACUACUGGACGAUGAAGGCGAUGCUGAAUUUGUCCUUUCAGAAUAAACGAGACGAAAUCGGAAGAGCGGAAGAUGUCAGAGACGGCACAGUGCGCCUCGAUAAGUCUCUGGCCGACGAACGAGCUGCGGCUGACGUUGUCGAGCUGCUUGAGCGGCUGCACUUGUGCGAGGGUUUGACGGAGCAGCGGACUAGGGCUAGGGAAUGGGUAGUUGAGCUCAGAGACCGGCUGCACCAGGAAGGCAGGGGACAGGCAGUGCUAGGGGCUCUAGACAAAACUGUGAAGUCCCUUUCUCGAGGAGACGACUUGUCGGAAACCUUUGCGAGGCUGAAAGCUACAACAGAGCGUCUCUCCAUGGACUACAAGAGACGCACUCUCGAGCUACAGGAGCAGGUCAAGCGCUCUGAGGAUGCUCGGAGGCAGGCCGAGGACCGGAACGCUCAACUGCAGCGACACAUAAUGGCCCUAAACACCAGCUCCCAGCAGCAGGCUUCGCGUAUGGCGAGAAUGGAGAUCGAACUGCGACGCAUGCAUGCAGUUUCCUUGAGGCACUUCGUGGAGAAAGAAAGAGUAGUCUCUGGGAGGAGCCUUCAAAGCGACGACUGCCCCUACGCUAGGGUCACGGAGCUCCUAGGGAUCCAGGGCCUCCCUGUGCAUGCUACUGGCAGUGCGGGUUGCCGUAUGUCAAGGGGCCCCUCGCACCACAUGGAGAGCAGCAGCACUUCUGGCAUUGCCGCGCCGAAAGCCAUGACGUUGCUGAACUCGUUGAGGAAGUAUGGAGAGAUGUUGGCUCAAGGACAGGGGUUUUUGCUGCAGAAGUGCCUAAACCUGUUGUCGAGGGACUCGGAAGUAUGCUGGUUUUUAUUUGAACUGCUAUGCUGCCUGGCGAGAACGUUCGCGAGGCUGCAGCCGAAGAACUAUGCACGCCGCUGGCAGUGGAGUGUUUGUUGGGACGACAGAGAGAGCAGAGUGUCCCUUCCCAGACGGACUGAACAAUCUCCAGCAGGGCAGCAGCAGAAGGAGCGGACGACAUCACACGAGCAGAGCAAGCAAUGCCUGGCCAUUAAAGAGGACGAAAUUGAAGCCGGCGAGUUGCGUCCCUCCGAACUAUCAAGCGGCGCGACUGUGGAGAGGGAGUUGCAUGUGAUGGCCGUCGGUAGUUCGCUGAGUCCAUUUGAAGCUCGCCUGGAUAAGAACACGAAGGGGGACGACUACUCUGGAGCACCCAGAGCUGAACGCUGCAGCCAUCUGGCAGAUGCAGGUGGGCAAAGCACUAGACUGCCGUGGAGGCAAGACGAGCCUGGCGAGGACACUGGGAUCAGGGGCACUUCGUCGUCAGCCCCAGGGAACAGGUGCAGCCACCUUUGCGAAGGGGGUGAAGCUAAAGAUCCGAACGCCUAUGACCCACCUUGGGGGAGACGUGUCUGCGUCUGUGGGGGAAGUGGCACCUGGGAGCGGGCAGCCAAACGGUUUCGCUGUGGGAGGCCUGCAACCAAUGGAGGCUGCGGUGCCCCCACGCAAACAGAGCCAGAAGGAGUCGACGUUGCCGUUAAGGCCGAGGCCGCCAUCGACUUGGACUCGAUGAUUCUUGAUGACUUUGAAGACGAUGCGGUGGCAGCGAACACGGAGUAA